AUCCAUUUAUUAUGUCUAUGUGUAUAACCUAUGUUUAUUUAUAAUCUGUUGAUAUUUAACGAAGUCCUAAUUAUCCAUACUAGAAUUUUAAAAUUUGCAUUAUCAUAAGCAAUUAUGGCAAUACAAGCAAUGAAUCAAUCUGGGAUACCAGAUAAAAUGUGGCAGCCCCCUUUUGUAGUUCUAGAAACCUCAAUGGGUGAAAUUACCAUUGAAUUAUAUUGGAAGCACGCACCAACAACAUGUAGAAAUUUUGCAGAAUUAGUACGAAGAGGUUAUUAUAAUAAUACAGUCUUCCACCGAAUAAUACGUGAUUUUAUGAUACAAGGUGGCGAUCCAACGGGAACUGGCAAAGGUGGAGUUUCAAUUUAUGGGCAAACAUUUAAGGAUGAAAUUCAUCCAGAACUAAAGCAUACAGGGGCUGGAAUUAUAUCAAUGGCAAAUUCUGGUCCUGAUACAAACGGAUCCCAAUUUUUUAUUACAUUAGCACCAACACAAUGGUUAGAUGGCAAACAUGCAAUAUUUGGCAGAGUGUCCAAUGGAAUUAAUGUAGUAAGAAGAAUUGGACUUGUUGAGACUGAUAAAAAUGAUAGACCUGUUGAUGAUGUUAAAGUUUUAAGAGGGAAGAUCCUUAAACAGUAAAUUAAAAUAAGUAACAUAACUUCUAAAACACUGUAUAUAAGAAAUACUUUUUGUUAGAGUAAUUAAUUAUAUAUAAGCUUUACAUUAACAAUUUGAAAUAAAUUUUUUACUUACACAAUAAUAAUGU